AUGAUUGCAUGAGUGAUGUACCAUGUGCCUUUGUAUGCACUCUCAGUUUCAGUAUUUAUAAUCUCAUUCACCUCAUUGUUUAGCACAUUCUUUUCUCUCUCUAUCUCUCUCUUUUCUUACAAAGGGAAGAAUAACAUAGCAAUGUUCAUUUUCCUUCUUCUUGCUCUUCUUUCCCCCAUCUCUACUUACUCUUCAAACGUACAAGAUCCUAAGCUUGUAGUAGAACAUUUCCACAGGAGAGUUAAUGAAUCGAGGAGGAAUAUGGGAUUUCUGUCAUGUGGGACAGGAAAUCCUAUAGAUGAUUGUUGGCGAUGUGACAAAAAUUGGGAAAGAAACCGACAACGGUUAGCAGACUGUGCAAUUGGGUUUGGAAAACAAGCCAUUGGUGGUCGUGAUGGAAAAAUUUAUGUUGUGACAGACUCCAAGAACGAUGAUCCCGUGAACCCUAAACCAGGAACACUACGAUAUGGUGUCAUUCAAAACGAACCCUUAUGGAUCAUAUUUGCACAUGACAUGACCAUCAAGCUCAAGGAAGAACUUAUGAUGAACUCAUUCAAGACCAUUGAUGGUCGUGGUGCUGAUGUCCAUAUUGCUGGUGGACCAUGCAUCACCAUCCAAUAUGUGACAAACAUCAUCAUACAUGGUAUCAACAUACAUGAUUGUAAGCAAGGAGGGAAUGCAGAUGUUCGCGAUUCGCCUGAUCAUUCAGGGUUUCGAACGAUAUCUGAUGGUGAUGGGAUUUCAAUAUUUGGAGGAAGUCAUGUAUGGGUGGAUCAUUGCUCAUUGGCUAAUUGUCAUGAUGGGUUGAUUGAUGCCAUACAUGGAUCUACGGCCAUCACCAUAUCUAACAAUUACAUGACGCAUCAUGAUAAGGUCAUGUUAUUGGGGCACAGUGAUAGUUCGACUCAAGACAAACUUAUGCAGGUUACAAUUGCCUUUAACCAUUUUGGUGAAGGUCUUGUCCAAAGGAUGCCAAGAUGUAGGCAUGGGUACUUCCAUGUGGUGAACAAUGACUACACUCAUUGGGAAAUGUAUGCAAUCGGAGGAAGUGCUUCACCAACUAUCAAUAGUCAAGGGAAUAGAUUUCUUGCUCCUAAUAAUCACGAAAACAAAGAAGUGACAAAACGAGAGGAGGCGUCAGAAAACGAGUGGAAGAGUUGGAAUUGGCGGUCAGAAGGAGACCUCAUGUUAAAUGGAGCAUAUUUCACACCAUCGGGUGCAGGGGCAUCCAGGAGUUAUGCAAGGGCAUCAAGUCUAAGUGCAAGGCCAUCUUCUAUUGUUGGUUCGAUAACAUCAGAUGCUGGUGUGCUCGGAUGCAGGAGUGGUUCUCGAUGCUAGUUUUGGACCCCACGAGUCGUUUUUUCCUAAGUUAACAGAAAGCGAUGUCGUGUUAAUAAUUUUAUAUUAAUUUACUUUUAUAAACAAAAAAUUUUGAACCCUAGUUUAGCCUGUUUGUCUAUGUAUGUAAGAAAUUGCCACUUAGGGAUUUAAUUAUGAUCCCUAACUAAAUUAGGACAAACAAGAGCUGAAAUUGUGGUUAAAAUAUGCUUCACAUGUUUAUAUAAUAGAAGUAUUUAGUGCA